CCGUUCUUCCUUGUUCUUGACUCUCCUCCGGAUUGGUCUCCUCUAGCCACGUCCCGUGACACUGAUAGCCUAACAAAUUACUUCAUCAUGGACUCUGGCAGCACGCUGGAUGAGAAACCAAAAAUCUUUUUAAUGGGGCUACGAAGGAGUGGCAAGUCCUCCAUCCAGAAGGUGGUCUUCCACAAAAUGGCACCCACCGAAACCCUCUACCUGGAAAGCACCAAUAAAAUUGAAAAGAAUGGUAACUGUUUUCCCGCCCCCCUAAUCAGCCUGACCUCCGACCUUUUCUUCAGAUGUUUCCGACUGCUCCUUCAUCAAGUUCCAGAUCUGGGAUUUUCCCGGUCACAUUGA